UCAGUUUUCUUCUCUUGUCCUACAUAUGGAGAUCUAGUUGUGUAUAGAAGUGAAGAAACAUUGUUUUUCAUUUGGAUUCUGCCUGUUUAAGGAGGUUUCACUGAAAUAUGAACAAAUAAAAGACACGGUGCUGUAAGUAAUGAAAUUGAAUUAAAUCAACUUGACAUGCUACUGAAGAUGGAGUUUGUUAAAGAGGAGUUUAAAGAGGAGAGUGAAGACGUCAGUAUUUCAGAACCAUUCAGUCUGAAGAAUGAAGACACUGAGGAACAAAAAGACCUGAUGAAGCUGAAAGAGGAAAGUCAAGAACUGAAUGAAGUGGAGAAACUUCAGUAUCAGAAACCUGAACAUUUUGUUAGUGCAGAAAAAUCUGUCAGUUGCUCACAGGCUGAAAAGAAAUUCUCUCACAAAAGAACUCGAAGAGCAAAAACAAAAAAACAAUCUUUCAUCUGCCCUCAUUGUGGCAAGAGUUUCGCACAAAAAAGAAACCUUGAUUUACACACAAGAGUUCACACAGGAGAGAAGCCUUACACAUGUCAUGAGUGUGGCAAGAGUUUCACACAAAAAGGAAACCUUGAUUUGCACAAAAGAGUUCACACAGAAGAGAAGCCUUUUACAUGCCUCCAGUGUGGAAAGAGUUUCAGACAUAAAGGAAACCUUAAUUUACACACAAAAAAUCACUCUGGAGAGAAGCCUUUUCCAUGCAUCCAGUGUGGCAAGAGUUUCACACACAAAGGAAGUCUUGAGAUGCACAUAAGAAUUCACUCUGGAGAGAAGCCUUUCACCUGCUCUCAGUGUGGCAAGAAUUUUGCACAAAAAGGAACCCUUGAUUUACACACAAGAGUUCACACAGGAGAGACGCCUUACACAUGCCAUCAGUGUGGAAAGAAUUUCAGACAUAAAGGAAACCUUAAAAGCCAUUUAAGAAUACACUCUGCAGAAAUGCCUUACACAUGUCAUGAGUGUGGAAAGAGUUUCCCACAAAAAAGAAACCUUGAUCUACACACAAGAGUUCACACAGGAGAGAAGCCUUUCACAUGCCUCCAGUGUGGAAAGAGUUUCACACAAAAAGGAAACCUUGAUUUACACACAAGAGUUCACACAGGAGAGAAGCCUUUCACAUGCCUCCAGUGUGGAAAGAGUUUCACACAAAAAGGCAAUCUUGAUUUACACACAAGAGUUCACACAGAAGAGAAGCCUUUUACAUGCCUCCAGUGUGGAAAGAGUUUCAGACAUAAAGGAAACCUUAAUUUACACAUGAGAUAUCAUUCAGAGAAUCUUUUUACAUGCCAUCACUGUGGCAAGAGUUUCACACACAAAAGAAGUCUUGAAGCGCACAUAAGAUUUCACACUGGAGAGAAGCCUUUUACCUGCCCUCAGUGUGGCAAGAGUUUUGCACAAAAAGGAAACCUUGAUUUGCACACAAGAGUUCACACUGGAGAGAAGCCUUACACAUGCCAUCAAUGUGGAAAGAGUUUCACACAAAAAGGAAACCUUAAUUUACACAAAAGAAUUCACUCUAGAUAGAAGCCUUUUCAAUGCCUCCAAUGUGGAAAGAGAUUCACACACAAAAGAAGUCUUAAUUUACACAUAAAAAUUCACAUGGGAGAGAGGCCUUUCACAUGCCUUCAGUGUGAUAAGAGUUUCACAAAUACAACAACCCUGAGAGCCCACAUCAUUCAGAAGAGAAAUUACACCACUGUUCUCAGUGUGGCAGGAGUUUUUUGCAGCUGUCCAAUUUUAAACAACACGAGUUAAUAAAUACUGGUGUGAAAGCUCAGGUGUGCUCAGAGUGCAGUAAAGCCUUUGCCCAAAUCAGCACCUUGAACAACUUGAAACAGCAUGAAAGGAUUCAUACGGGAGAAAAGCCUAACAAUUGUUCACAUUAUGAGAGUAGUUUUGCUCACCCAAAACACCUGAAACACAUGACAAAAUGCAUACUGGAGAGAAGACAUAUGACUGCACUCAUUGUGGGAGGAGUUUCAGCUCGCCAAGUACUCUACGGAGACAUUUAAAGAACUGCCCAAAGUUGUCACAGUGAGAGCUUUAUUUUGAGAAUCUUUCUCUGUGUUCCAUACGGGAUAAAUCCGCCUCUGAAAGGGACUUCAAAGGGACAGCAAUCCUGAAUGCCAUGUUGAAGGGUCAUUCCAAACUGAUGAGCUCAUAAAUAGCUGCUUCGAAGGGGCUUUAAAUUUAACGUUUUCAUAGUGUUCAAUUGAUGAGCCCCAUUUCCACAUACAGUCCCGAUACUUUCCUCUUGAACUGCCUAUAUGAGAACUAUUAAGAGGAACGGGACACUCAGAGUCUUUUCCCUCUUUUGCAUUUGCACAAAGGUACUCCAUCUACAACAACUCCACCAAUGGAGGACACCAGGAUCGGAGCUACACUUUUAGGGCUGUUUUACACAAACUGUGUCUUCAGGAUACAAUCUUUUACACUGGGUGCGAGAGCCAUGCGUGCAAUUCUGCAUCCCUAAAGCUGCAGUGAGAGGAGAGAUGAGGUGCUCGAUCAGCCUAUUUUAACCAUGCAGCACAUGCUGAACUGAGCAAUCAUGACUGCCAUGUGUAAAGGUUGUUCCAAACCGAAGGGCCUUCAAAAUGAACAUUUCCCUAAAGUUCAGUUUAUGGAGACUUUGCUACCAUGCAGACCGGAACCGAACCAUAAGUCAAAAUUCUGUAGGUGUGCUAAGUGUAAUGUAAAUUAAACCAGUUUCAACUACAAAGAAACUCUGGAUCUAAAUAUCAAAACUGGUGACAUCCCUGCAUCUCUGUGGUUUAUAAAAGCUUUUCAUUAUUGUAAUGAACUUUAUAAAUCAUUUUUAAAUCCCUGGAUGUUUGAUGAAGCUCACAUUUCUUCAUAAGGCCUUAAAGUUUUAAAACAAUUAUUUUUGCUUUGCAUGCUGAAAGCAGUUAAGAGUGAGGCAAAAUCAUGUGUAAAUAUUUCUGAUUAGGGUAACAGUGUCUUAUUUGACUUGGACAGAUGACGUUAAAAUGCAUUCCGAAUAAACUAUAUUUUUGAGCCCAACACCGUUCGGCCCAACAAAUCUCUCACUCUGGAGGGAAAACCCUUCAAAGGAAUUACAGCAUUAAUUUUUAGGGGUGAUCUCUUUGGAAUGGAACGCAACCUUUGUUAUGUGAAAUUUGCGUAACUUCCAAAGACUAUAGUAGUAAUAUGGUGUAGGAAGACAACAACUCUUAUAGGAUGGAUAAAAUAAGAACAAUAGGUUAUUUUGGUCAUACCAAUAUGCCUAUUGUCAGAGAUGUUAUAAGGAGGAGAUGGGUCAUUCCUAUACAAAGUAAUGGGAGGAAUCUUAAAUGCUAAAUGUGGUGACCAGUAGGAAUGGAAUACAGUUAAAAGAGCCAAUUAUGAUUUUUAAUAGAGACAUUGUCUGUCUGUUAAUUGAGAAUGUGCAUUAACUGGACCAGAUUAUGAAAUAGUGUGUUUGUUUUUGUUUUAGCAUCAUUUAAGCUAAAGAAGCAGCUUUUAGAAAUACCAUUGUUCCCAGAUUUUAUUUCUCAUUUGAAAUAUGUUGUGAGCAACCUAGUCUCAUAGAAUGAACAUUACUAUAACUACAUUUUUGCAAACUGACGUUAACGUUCUGCGUUAUACGUUUCGCCACAGUUUUCUGGUGAAAUGAACAAUAGAGGCGCUACAACAACUUCGUUUUCACACAAAUCAAGUAUAAUGGCUGAUUACGACCAUUUAAAAAAAGUAUUUUUCGCUCACUUUUACUAAAAUGCAUAAUUUAAAAUACAAAAUCUUUUGAUGCUUGUAUUACAGACCCACCUACAUUUACACACUCCAAUAUGAUUAGCUUCAGCGGUAAUUCAUCUGAUGUUGUACUUUGGAUUUGGAAGACCGCGGUUCGAUCCUAGCCAAAGAUGCGAACUGAUGCGUGAGAUGCAAGUGUCAUAAAAGCGUCACAAAAUGAUGUGGUUGCUUCAGAAAAUGUGCUUUUCAUGUUGAAUUUGCUUUUUCCACACUAUCGGUUAGGUUUAGGUGUUGGUUUAGGGUAAGGCUUAGGGAUGCACAAUAUAUCGGCGGCUGAUAUAUUAUUGGCCGAUAACCAGGAAAAUCUAAACAUUAUUAUCGGGCAGAUAAUGGAAUCGCCUUCGAUAUUUUAGCCGAUAAUUUGUUACAGUUUAUUUACAUGCGGCUGAAAUUCUCUGACUGCCUGCGGCGACUUUCCUUCAGGCAGAGACUCGGGCAGUCUCAAGCGACAGUGAGCAUACACAGCGUGUCUCUGUGAGUGAGAGCGAAGCUUAUAUUGCUCUGUGAGGAUCAUCUCUGCACCUUGUUAUGUUGUUUGGGGGCUGGUUUUAGUCAUCUGUUGUAAGUAACGAUGGCAUUUCCCAUAUUCAGUUAGUUUCAUGAGGCAAUAUGAAACAUUUUUACAAUGCAUUAUUACAGCUGUUUGAAGUUUAUUAUUCUCAUAAACCUAUUAGUCCGACAUGCAAAUGGUGUUAUACCACAUCUACCGUAAUUUGUUGUUGUGGGUUCAGACACAUAGUAUUAAUGACACGCAGUGACACAGAGGAGCCUUUGUGAUGCCUGCUUACUCUAUUUUUAAGCAGAUGAUAGAAUGAAGAAAUACAGAAUCUCAAAGGUCUUUCUUCAUUUAAAAUAACACAUGAAAGUGAAGAAUUCUGAAAGAAAUAUUUUACUAUUGCAUACUAAUAAUAGAAUAAAAUAUAAAUACCAAAGACUACAUGACCUGGAGGCAAUUUGCCAAGAUGAAUGAGCAGCUAUACCACCUGCAAGAAUUUGGGGCCUCAUAGACAACUAUUACAAAAGACUGCAUGCUGUCAUUGAAGGGGGCAAUACACAGUAUUAAGAAUUAAACGAAUGCAGACUUUUGAACAGGGAUCAUUUCAUUUUUUUUCUUUGUUGCCAUGUUUUGUUUUAUGAUUGUGUCAUUCUGUUAUAACCUACAGUUGAAUAUGAAUCCCAUAAGAAAUAAAAGAAAUGUGUUUUGCCUGCUCA